GGCCCGGGCGGCCUGUGAGCGGGGCCGGCGCGAUGCCCGCUCCCCCGGAGGCGCGGGCGGCCGGGCGCGCGGUGGCCCAGGCGCUGGCGCUGCUGCUCGCCGUGGUGCCCGGGGGCGCCCUGCCCCGCCUGCGGCCCGGCCUGCCCCACGUGUGUGCGGAGCAGGAGCUGACCCUGGUGGGCCGCCGCCAGCCCUGCGUGCGGGCCUUCAGCCGCGCGGUGCCCGUGUGGAAGCCGGGCUGCGGGCGGCAGGCCUGGUGCCUGAGCCACGAGCGCAGAACCGUCUACUACGCGGCCUACAGGCAGGUGUACGCCAUGGAGGCCCAGCCCGUGCUCAGAUGCUGCCCGGGGUGGAGCCAGCAGCCCGGCGACCAGGGCUGCCUCUCCGCCGAGUGCGGCGCCGGCCUCUGCCUUCACGGCGGCAGCUGCGUGCCCGGCUCCGCCGCGCGGUGCCGCUGUGCCCCCGGCUUCCAGGGCGCCCGCUGCCAGUUCGAUGUGGAUGAGUGCCAGCUGCACAACGGCGGCUGCCACCACCGGUGUGUGAACACGCCCGGCUCCUACCUGUGCGAGUGCAAGCCCGGCUUCCGGCUCCACGUGGACGGCAGGACCUGCCUGGCCAUCCACUCCUGCGCCGUGGGCAACGGCGGCUGCCAGCACGACUGCGUGCAGCUCACGGCCGCGCAGCACCGCUGCCGGUGCCGGCCCGACUUCCAGCUGCAGGAGGACGGCAAGCGCUGCGCCCGCAGGAACCCGUGUGCCGACCGGAACGGCGGCUGCAUGCACACGUGCCAGGCGCUCCGGGGCCUCGCCCACUGCGAGUGCCACGCCGGCUACCGGCUGGCAGCCGACCGCAAGGCCUGCGAAGACGUGGACGAGUGUGCCACGGGGCUGGCCCAGUGCGCCCACGGCUGUCUCAACACGCGAGGGUCCUUUAAGUGCGUGUGCCAUGCAGGCUACGAGUUGGGGGCGGACGCUCGGCAGUGCUACCGGAUCGAGAUGGAGAUCGUGAACAGCUGCGAGGCCGGCAACGGCGGCUGCUCCCACGGCUGCAGCCACAGCAGCGCCGGCCCCCUGUGCACCUGCCCCCUCGGCUUCGAGCUGCACGAGGACGGCAAGACCUGCAUCGACGUGGACGACUGUGCGGACGCGCCGUGCUGCCAGCAGGUCUGCACCAACAGCCCCGGCGGCUACGAGUGCAGCUGCGACGCCGGCUACCGGCUCAGCCCCGACGGCUGCGGGUGUGAGGACGUGGACGAGUGUGCGUCCGGCCUCGGCGGCUGCGAGCACCACUGCACCAACCUGGCCGGCUCCUUCCAGUGCUCCUGCGCGCCCGGCUUCCGGCUGGAGGAGGACCGCCGAGGCUGCUCCCCCCUGGAGACGCCGGAGGGGGACCCGGCCGGCCGGCUGCCGUUCGCGCGGCCGCUGCCCCACGUGGUGCUGGGGGACGGGCUGCCCCCCCUCUUCCAGGAGGACGACGAGGGGGGCGAGGAGGCGGAGGCCCGGGGCGCGCUGUCCCUGGAGGAGAAGUUUGUCUGCCUGGAUGGCGCCUUCGGCCCCGACUGCAGCCUGACCUGCGCGGACUGCGGGAACGGAGGGGCCUGCCUGCCGGGCCUGGACGGCUGCGACUGCCCCGCGGGCUGGACCGGGCUCGUCUGCAAUGAGACCUGCCCUGCCGACACCUUCGGGAAGAACUGCAGCUCCACCUGCGGCUGCCGGAACGGCGGGACCUGCCACCCCGCGACCGGGGCCUGCCGCUGCCCGCCCGGCGUCGGCGGCGCCCACUGCGAGGACGGCUGCCCGCGGGGCUUCUACGGCAAGCACUGCCGGAGGAAGUGCCACUGCCCCAACCGCGGCCCCUGCCACCGGCUCUACGGGGCCUGCCUCUGCGACCCAGGGCUGUACGGCCGCUUCUGCCACCUGGCCUGCCCGCCGGGGGCCUUUGGGCCCGGCUGCUCGGAGCAGUGCCGGUGCGAGCAGCCGAACACGCGGGCCUGCGACCGGAGGGACGGCAGCUGCUCCUGCAAGCCCGGCUUCCGCGGAGAGCGGUGCCAGCUCGCGUGCGAACCCGGCUUCUUCGGGCCAGGGUGCCAGCAGGUGUGCGCCUGCCCCCCUGGCUCGGCCUGUGACCCUGUCAGCGGUGCGUGCGGGCGGCAGUGUCCGGCCGGCCUCCGGGGGCAGCGCUGUGACCAAGACUGCCCGGCAGGGACGUUCGGCGUGAACUGCUCAGGGUCCUGCUCCUGCGGGGGGGCCCCCUGUGACCGGGCCACCGGGCAGUGC